UUCUGCCCUUGUCUUCCCUCUCCCAGGAGACAGCUCUGGAGUGCCAUUUUGGGACCGACAGGACAUUUGAAGCCCGGUGGGUGAACUCCUCUGCCGUGGAGUGCGUACAUGUGCUGCUCCACACAUCAGAAAAGAGCCAUCUCUUCCCAGUGAACCUUCAGCUGAAGGACAGACCAGACAGAUUUAUCGACAGUCCAGAGAUGAUGACAGUGGAGGUGUACAACUGUGCGACGGGCAGCACCGACUGUUCUCAGUGCCUGGGGAGGGAGGACCUGGGGCACCGCUGCGUCUGGAGCGAGGGCAGCUCCAGCUGCAGGCUGCACAGCGAUUUCCCCCCGGCCUCGGACGUCUGCCCGGCUCCGGAGAUUAAGAAGGUGAGAGCCCAGUGCAAGUGGAGGGUGCGCGCGGGCACGGCGGGUGGCGCGGAGGGCUGGAACCGGCUGCGGGCAAAGGAGGAACCGCGCUUUGUCCCUGGUGCAGGCUGGACCGGGGAGGCUCAGGAGGCAUUUUCGGAUGUGGUAACGGUUAACGUGAGCCGGGAAGGGAAGUCCAGGGAGCGGUACUCCUACGUGCUUCCUGUGGUGCAAUCCAUAGCUCCCCUGAGCGGCCCAAAGGCUGGAGGAACCAGAGUGACCAUCAGAGGCAGCAGGCUGGAUGUCGGCUCCGAGCUCCGCAUCCUCGUCAAUACAUCCAAGCAGUGCACUGACGUCAGCCGCGACGACAGCACCAUCACCUGCACCAUGCCGUCGGCAGAGCUCACUACAGCCGUGCGAGUCUGCAUCCAGUUCGAGAACAAGUCUUGUGCCAGCCACAACAUCACCUUCAAGUAUGAGAAGAACCCGAUUAUAUCAGACAUCAACCCCAAAAAGAGCCAGAUCAGCGGGGGCAGGAUCAUCACCCUGGAAGGAAGAGGCUUUGAGCUGGUCCAGAACGUGUCCAUGGUGGUCCGUGGCAUCGGCAGAGAGCAGACGAGCUGUAAGGUCCACACUGACACUGUGAUCACCUGCCCCGCUCCAGCGGCCACCAACGUCACCGUGGGGAGCAAGCCCGCGCCCGUCGAUUUCUAUCUCAACGGUCGCCUCUACGCAGAUGACCGCCCGGCUCUGGAUGAGGAGGUGUACCCCGAGGAGGCUUUGCACAUCAGCAAGUUCAGCCUGGAGUACUAUGCCGACCCCCAGUUCUUCACUGCCAAGAAGGAGAAGUGGAUCAAGCACCAUCCUGGCGAGCCCUUAACUCUGGUUAUACACAAAGAGCCUGACAGCCUGGGCCUGGAAAGCAACGAGUACCAAGUGAAAAUUGGCCUUAUCUCCUGCGAGAUCCAGAUUGUUUCGGACAAAGUCAUCCACUGCUCUGUCAACGAGUCACUGAGCACCUCAGAAAGACAAUUACCCGUGACGAUCCAAGUUGGAAAAUUCAACUACACAAUCGCAAUGCUGCACCUCGGGGGAGGAGAGACUGCAAUCAUCGUCUCCAUUGUCAUCUGCAGCAUCUUGCUGGUCCUCUCUGUCGUAGCUCUCUUUGUGUUUUGCACAAAGAGCCGCAGAGCAGAGCGCUACUGGCAGAAAACCCUGCUCCAGAUGGAGGAGAUGGAGUCGCAGAUCCGGGAGGAAAUCCGCAAAGGUUUUGCGGAACUGCAGACAGACAUGACAGACCUGACCAAGGAGUUAAACCGCAGCCAGGGGAUCCCGUUCCUGGAGUACAAGUACUUUGUCACCCGCACGUUCUUCCCCAAAUGUUCCUCGCUCUACGAGGAGUGCUACAUCCUGCCGUCCCAGCAGCUCAGCUCCCAGGUGGGCUCCCAGGCCCAGGAAACUCAUCCGCUCCUGGUGGGGGAAUGGAAAAUCCCUGAAAACUGCAGACCCAAUAUGGAAGAAGGAAUCUCGCUGUUCUCCACCUUACUCAACAACAAACACUUUCUCAUCGUCUUUGUCCAUGCUCUCGAGCAACAGAAGGACUUCGCUGUUAGAGAUAGGUGUAACCUGGCCUCCCUGCUUACCAUUGCGUUGCAUGGGAAACUGGAGUAUUAUACCAGCAUCAUGAAGGACCUCUUGGUGGAUCUAAUAGAUGCUUCAGCUUCCAAAAACCCCAAGCUGAUGCUGAGGAGAACAGAAUCUGUGGUGGAGAAGAUGCUCACCAACUGGAUGUCCAUCUGCAUGUACAGCUAUCUCAGAGAGACGGUUGGAGAGCCCUUCUUUCUGCUGAUCUGGUACACCCUCAACGAGGAGUGGCUCCUGAGGGAGAACAUCGAGGCAAAGCCGAGGAACCUCAACGUCUCCUUCCAAGGCUGUGGGAUGGACUCGCUGAGCGUCAGGGCCAUGGACACGGACACGCUCAGCCAAGUGAAGGAGAAGAUCCUGGAGGCUUUCUGCAAGAACGUCCCCUACUCCCAGUGGCCAAGGGUGGAAGAUGUCGACCUCGAGUGGUUCGCCACCAGCACCGACAGCUACAUCCUCCGGGACCUGGAUGACACCUCGGUGGUGGAGGACGGCAGGAAGAAGCUCAACACGUUAGCGCAUUACAAGAUCCCCGAAGGGGCGUCCCUGGCCAUGAGCUUGUCGGACAAGAAGGAUGCGACGCUGAGCAGAGUGAAGGAUUUGGACACUGAGAAGUACUUCCACUUGGUUCUCCCAACCGAUGAGUCAGUUGAACAUAAGAAAUCCCACAGACAGAGCCAUAGGAAGAAAGUCCUACCGGAGAUCUACCUGACCAGGCUGCUCUCCACGAAGGGCACGCUGCAGAAGUUUCUGGACGACUUGUUCAAAGCCAUUCUCAGUAUCCGAGAUGAUAAACCACCGGUGGCUGUGAAGUACUUCUUUGACUUCCUAGAGGAGCAAGCAGAGAAAAGAGGGAUCACAGACCCUGACACUAUGCACAUCUGGAAGACCAACAGCCUACCUCUGAGGUUUUGGGUCAACAUCCUGAAGAACCCACAGUUCGUCUUCGACAUCGACAAGACAGACCACAUCGACGCGUGUCUCUCUGUGAUAGCCCAGGCCUUCAUCGACGCCUGCUCCCUGUCGGACCUGCAGCUGGGCAAG